AUGGGUCGCGCGUCCGACUUUAACCCAGACAGGGACAUUCCGUCCCUUGAGGGCAAGGUGAUUCUUAUCACUGGCGGCAACAUUGGCCUUGGGAGGGAGAGCGCCUUGGCUCUCUCGAAACACAAGCCAUCCCAGCUUUGGAUUGCAGCCCGCAACGCCCAAAAGGCAGACGCAACGAUUGCCGACAUCAAAAAACAAGCUCCUGGCGUCUCCGUGCACUUCUUGGAACUCGACCUCGGCUCUUUUGAUUCGAUCAAGAAAGCGGCAAGGACCUUCCUCGCCUCUGUCUCCCGCCUUGACCUCCUUCUACUCAACGCCGGCAUCAUGGCUGUUCCACCCGGGCUUACCAAAGAAGGAUACGAAAUCCAGUUUGGGACCAAUCAUGUCGGACAUGCCUUGUUUCUCAAGUUUCUCACGCCUCUCCUGAUCGACACCGCCACCAACCAUUCAUCGGCACCCGAGGUCCGGGUUGUCUUCCUGAGCUCGUUGGCACACAAGUUCACUGUGUCAAGCGGCAUCGACUUCGCCACCGUCAAGACCAAGGCCGAGGGCAUAUCCACGACCCACCGGUAUGGGCAGAGCAAGUUGGCGAAUGCAGCGUACGCUCGGGAGUUGGCAAGGAGGUGUCCACAGUUCACCACAGUAUCGGUUCACCCUGGAGCUGUCAAGACAGACCUCAAUCAGUCUAACGGCGGGAGCAUCGUACUUCGCUUAUUCCAAGCGUUUGUGGUCCCGAUCAUUGGCGUAACUCCCCAGGAAGGCGCUAGGAACCAGCUCUGGGCCGCAAGCGCAAAGGAAGUGGUGAGUGGAGAGUACUAUGUGCCUGUUGGAGUGGCUGGAAAAGGAAGUGCUUUUUCAAAGAGUGAGGAGUUCGGGAAAAGGCUCUGGGAAUGGACGGAGAUGGAGUUACAGGGGCACAGCGCAUAA